GUCUACAGCUUCAUUCAUCUGAGCUUUCAGGAGUUUCUAGCUGCUUUCUAUGUAAUUUACUGCUAUUUAAUGAAGAGCAUGGAGCCACUGCAGUUUUUUCUGCAUGAAUUCAGAUCUUACAGAUUUAAAGUCUCUUUGUAUAAUCUACUAAGAUCAGCAGUAAAUAAAGCACUCCAGAGUAAGAAUGGACAUCUGGAUCUGUUCCUGCGGUUCCUGCUGGGCGUCUCACUGGAGUCCAAUCAGAGACUGUUACAGGAUCUACUGACACACACAGAGAACAGAUCAGAGAGCAUCAGAGAAACCACACAGGACAUUAAAGAGAUGAUCAAAGAUGCACAUGAUAGUUAUCGUCUCUCAGCUGGUCAAUCCAUCAAUCUGUUCCUCUGUCUGCUGGAAGUGAAAGAUCAGACUCUGUCCAGAGAGGUUCAGGAGUUUGUGAAAUCCGACAAACACUCAGAGAAGAAACUCUCUCCUGCUCACUGCUCAACAAUCGCCUACAUGCUUCAGAUGUCAGAGGAGCCGCUGGAUGAGCUGGAACCCAUGAAAUACAACACAUCAAAUGAGGGGAGAAGAAGACUAAUACCAGCUGUGAUCAACUGCAGAAAAGCUCUACUUUCUGGCUGUGAUCUCUCAUAUCAGCAUUGUGAAAUUGUGUCUGAAACAGUCAAUCAAAGUGCUGCUGUACGUCUCAAUGCAUACUGUGUUAUUGGUGUGCUUAGUUCGUUCGUGCACAAAAACGUCCUUUCCCUGAAGUCUCAAAUUGAGAUCGUUCAGAUGUGUCAUCGUUCAGUGCAGAGACUUAGCCAGCGCACAUUUGAAUGGAGCCACCGAGACGGACUGGGGAGCGCUAACCAGGUUCCGAGAGACCGUGCCAGAGGAACCAACGGAGCCACCGACGUGCCCACGGUGGGGCAGCGUGGUGGAACACAGGGACUCGGCCCGAGGCCUGUGACGGCAGAGGCCGGAGUCUGGGUGUGA